AUGGCUAGCAUAUAUUUAAACAAAAGAUGGAUUGUUUCUAAUGGUUGGUCCAAUAGCAAUGCUAGAUGGGCCUUCUUUGCUUUAUUCAUCGUAUUUAUUAUUGGUUUUCUUUUGCUGAUGUGCCGAACAAAUUUGAGGAGAAUGCGAAGAGGCCAGAAACCUGUCCGAGGAACUGCGUGGUUGACUCCACCCUCUUACGGCCAGUCGCAACAACAGUACAAUACAGGCGGUAUUAAUGAUUCUGUACCCGUCUACUCAUCGCAGGCCAGGGCGGAAGACGCAGGCUAUUACGAUGCUGAGGGAGUGUUUCACUACAAUCCCCACUACGUCCCUGCCAAACCAAUGGCAACAGCAGCAACAGGGUCAACGAGCACCCAAACGUAUCCCCCUCAAGCAUACCAUACACCAGGGGCUUAUGAUGACUUUGAAUCGACUCCAAAUCGACCGACGCAAACGCCAAGUGAUGAUGAUUUUGGCUAUACACGUCCAUCUCAUCCACCUCCUGUGUCAUCAAAUCUGAAUACCCCAAGCGAUGCAGAUAGAAUAUAUGACACUACUGGUGAGGGUACUUCCUCUUCAAACAUAGACGAUGAGCUUCCUGGGUACCAGCCACCAAGUAGUCCUCCGCCUGCUGCCAGAAAGAAUUAG